AUGAUUACUAUUCCUCAACCGAGGACCAGCAGGAACCAGUUUCCAGGGAUUGUCUUGGGGCUCGCCUCUGGCAUUCUCCUGACCAGCACACUGUCCCAGAUCAACAACAACUAUCAAAUUGCUUGGAAGCCCGCAAAUAUCCACUCCAUUGUGUAUCUUGUCAAUGACGAGGCUUCUGCGAGCACCGAUGGUGGGAUUGUUAUACAAGAUCAGGAAGCAACCGGGGGUCAACCCAACUCGGGAAGAUCCCAGUGA